AUGAACAAAUCAAACGGUCCUUUUCCAACGGAACUUUUACUUGCUGUCUUUAGCUAUCUUGAUGGUCCUACACUUGUGAAUUGUAGUCAAGUGUGUAAAGCAUGGUCUACACUUAUUGUUCAUUAUGACGAUCUUAUUUGGCCAAACGCAUGUGGACGUGAUUUCGAAUCUCCUCGGAGAUUCUGGUCUCUUCAGUUUCCUAAACCUCAGUAUCAUUACCGUUGGCAAGACAUGUAUCGUAUUACCAAGAAUUGGUAUACGGGUCACUGUAAAGGCUUUUACCCUACCCUUCGCUCAACCAGAGAGGGUCAUGCAAGUACUGUGAUUGGUGCACCACAAGAACAAGGGAUGUUUACCAGUCUUAGUUUGAGUCUAGAGGGUCGAGUGAUUCGUUCAAAUCCAAAUUACCAUUCACCUUCUCAUCCAAGCAGCUUAAUGAUUCAAUCUCCGCAUAACAAUUACUGCUUCUCUUUUUUAGAUCCUCAGUUAGAUCAACCUAUACCAGGCUGGACAGAUCCUAUUCGAUCACAUGCCAUUGUAUGUCAUUACUCACAUACUUCUUCUCCAUGGUUAGUGACGGGUGGACUGAAUGGUACAGUGGCUGUUUGGGACUUGAAGACAAAGAAACUUGCUAGAAUGUGGCAUGGACAUCGAGGAAGAGUGCUGUGUAUCCAUAUGAAUGAAGACGUGGUUGUGAGUGGUGGUUCAGACAACAUGAUCCUUGUGUGGGACCUAGACCAUCGUCAGACAUGGACAAAUCAUCAUAGGCCUACAAGGAGAGGCAUGAUUAAUAUUUCAUCUUAUUUAUCAGGCAGAAGUGAUUGGUAUCAAGGUGUAGGGGAAAUUGCUGUCAAUGGGCAUCUGAUUGCCUGUGCACCUGAUGCUUCAGGUCCUAUUCUUGUGUUUUCACUCUUGACAGGCUCACUUGUGUAUGAAUUACGUAUGCCAGAAGAUACAGAACAAGGCUUAUUGACAGAGGAUAUCACAGCAUUUACUCGACUUUGUCUGACGCCUUUCUUUUUGCUGACCAAAGGCAAAGUAACCCACACCAACCAUUCAAUCAAGCUUGUACCUUCCAACAAUGUAGUUGUGGAACGAAAAAAACAAACAUCAGCAGGCUAUAUAACUAAACUCAGUGACAGUAAAGUAUCUGCACCUGCUGCUUCACAAAUGACACCCUAUCAAUUAUACCAAUAUUAUCAAAGUAUUCACCAUACACAACAACAACAACAGGAAGUACAAAUAAUGCCUCAGACCAGUGCCUGUAUCAAUGUAUGGGAUUUACAGACAGGUAAAAUAGCCUAUCGUCUUCUGCCUACACUUGACUAUCCAAGCCAAAACUAUACCUUGACAGACGUCCGUGUGACGCCUGAUUUCUCAAAAGUGUUUGCUUCUAUAGAGAUUCGGAAACAAAAUCAUUAUGAAGAACGACUUUAUUGUUGGGAUUUCUCUAUUCGACAUCAAGACUCACCACAAGACUUUGAUAUUCUUGAACUAGACUCUAUGGAUAUUGCAGCUAGAAAGACAGGGAAAUCCUGGGUAUGUUUCAUUUAA